GUUUAUCUGUGGAGAGGGAGGCCUCUGCACCGAGGGCCAAGUAAAUAUUUGUGGUUAUGGAUUAACUCAAGUUCCAGGCUGUCAUGGCGGCAGGAGGGCAACCUUGCAGUUUCUCCGUGGCCCACUCCAGUGGCUGCAGCUUCAGAAUGUGGCAGCUUACAAGCCUCUUACUGUUCAUGACCGUCUGGGGAAUUUCCAGCACACCAGCUCCUCCCGACUCAGUGUUCUCCAGCAGCCAGCGUGCCCACCAAGUGCUGCGGAUCCGCAAACGUGCCAACUCCUUCCUGGAGGAGCUGCGGCCCGGCAGCGUGGAGCGUGAGUGCUCAGAGGAGGUCUGUGAUUUCGAGGAAGCUCGGGAGAUUUUCCAAAACAAGGAAGACACAGUGGCUUUCUGGUCCAAGUAUAGCGACGGGGACCAGUGCGAGCACCGGCCCUCAGGGAGCCCGUGCGAACUCCCAUGCUGCGGACGCGGCAAGUGCAUCGAUGGCCUGGGGGGCUUCCGCUGCGACUGCGCGGAGGGCUGGGAGGGCCGCUUCUGCCUGCACGGUGAGGGGGCGUGGACGGGGGCGGUGGGGCGGGGACCUCCCGGGCCGGAGCCGGCCGGGCGCUUAGAGCCACCGCGCCCCCGUGGCGCCCUCCUCCGUGUCUGCCCAGAGGUGCGCUUCUCCAACUGCUCGGCGGACAACGGCGGCUGCGCGCACUACUGCAGGGAGGAGGAGGGCCGGCGCCACUGCAGCUGCGCGCCCGGCUACCGGCUGGAGGACGACCACCAGCUCUGCGAGGCCAAGGUGACGUUCCCUUGUGGGAGGCUAGGGAAGCGAAUGGAGAAGAAACGCAAGACCUUGAAACGUGACACAAACCAAGUAGAGCAAAAAGACCAGCUGGGCCCACGGAUUGUCAACGGGCAGGAGGCUGGAUGGGGGGAGAGCCCCUGGCAGGCAGUGCUGCUGGACUCCAAGAAGAAGCUGGUCUGUGGGGCAGUGCUAAUCCACAUCUCCUGGGUGCUAACAGUGGCCCACUGCUUGGAGAACCGCAAGAAGCUCAUCGUCAGGCUCGGUGCGGGCUGGAAGCAGGGGAGUAUGACAUGCGGCGCUGGGAGAGCUGGGAGGUGGACCUGGACAUCAAGGAGGUCAUCAUCCACCCUAACUAUACAAAGAGCACAAGUGACAAUGACAUCGCCCUGCUGCGCCUGGCCCAGCCUGCCACUCUUUCGCAGACCAUUGUGCCCAUCUGCCUCCCAGAUAGUGGCCUCUCUGAGCGCAAGCUCACCCAGGUCGGCCAGGAGACUGUGGUGACAGGCUGGGGCUACCGUGACGAGGUCAAGAAAAACCGCACCUCCGUCCUCAACUUCAUCAAGGUCCCCGUGGUCCCGUACAAUGCAUGCGUCCACGCCAUGGAAAACAAGAUCUCUGAGAACAUGCUAUGCGCCGGUAUCCUCGGGGAUUCGAGGGAUGCCUGUGAUGGGGACAGCGGGGGACCUAUGGUCGCCCUCUUCCGUGGCACCUGGUUCCUGGUGGGCCUGGUGAGCUGGGGUGAGGGCUGUGGGCGCCUCUACAACUACGGCGUUUACACCAAAGUCAGCCGUUACCUUGAUUGGAUCUAUGGCCACAUCAAAGCAGAGGAGGCCCCUCUUGAGAGCCAGGUGCCUUAGCAUCCCCCAUCACUUGUGUCUGGACCCCAGAGGACACCCUUGGAUAGGGGCUGGAUUGUUGAAUGGCAAGAUGUUGGACAUUAAAAAGGGCUUGCUACAAGCACACCA